AUGACAGAGGACAGACCAUUAUACGGUACCUAUUUGGACAAGAUUGCUGACCUCAAGCUCUAGAUGACGCCGACUUCCCUCCACUGGCACCGGCACGACAGCAGAGCAUCGCCCUCGAUGAGUCUCGCAGAUCGACUCCUCCGAUUCCACCUGGCUUCGAGGGCCAACUUGCGAACGAGAGCAGGCGGUCUACCCCAACAAUCCCUCCCGGACUUUCCAGACCCAAUGCUCUACCCGACCUUGAAGGCACCUCUCGUCCCUCCAGUAGAGCUAGUCUGAGGCAAAAGUCUUCGCAGAUCUUGCCAGCGCUGCCUCUUCGCCCAGGCACUCCUGCUCGACCUACACCGUCCAGGAAGGGCACUAGAGAUGAGUCGGAGAUUGCUGCUCCGGAAGAGAUGCCUGCGAAGCCGUCCAGGACCACCACGUCUUCCGAUCUCAAGAAUUCAAUUUCUGUACAGGAGGAAGAGAAAGCAUCGGCCAGCAAGGAGACAGAACCCACUGAGAACACAGAAGCUGCCUUGGAUGUAGCUCGUGAUGCUACUGAAGCUGCUAAGGAUGCUAGCGAAGCAGCGAAAACCGAUGAUGCUGACGAACGCGCGACGAAAACUGCCGAGGUGCGCAAUACCUCCAGACCAGCACAUGCCAGCAAGCAGAAGUCAACCCACGAGCAGGUGAUUGUCGAGAAGGACGAUGCGAGGCCUUCUCUCGUAACACCAAAGAAGUCUGACAACAUCAAAGCCGACACGCCGAAGCGAAAGCAUCCUGGCAAGCUCGACAUUACAGCUGCCGUCAACAAGCAGGAGCAGGAAUUGCCAAACACUGCGACAGGACCUUCGACUACGGCUGGAACUCCUGGUAAGUCUGCGCAAGCUCCUACUCAGGCAGCGGCGUCGAAAUUGCCAGAGUCGCCGAGCGUAGCAUCUCCAGCCAUGAAAUCUGGCCCGAGGACACUACGAGUGGUACAGACGCCCACCCCGAAGGCAGAGACGCCUCCUCACACUUUCCCUACCACUUUGCCCAAUGCGGCCGUCCACCGAUUGCCGUCACGUCAACCUAGCGUUGCUUCCAUCAAUCUGCCGGGUACGCCGUCCAGCGAGCACGUCUCCAUGUCAGAUAACAUCUCGAUGACCUCGACCUCACAAUCGCGGGCAAAUUCACCACCACUAGCUACGUCUAAGAUUGGCACGGCUCCUGUGAGGACGAGGACGAAGAAUCAGAUGAAGAAGGAGCGACAAGAGCGGGCCAAGACCAUGGAGGAAGAGAAGGCUAAGGCUGUAGAAGCGGUCAAGCCUCCGGUCGAUGAGCCCGCACAGGAGGCUAUUGUGAGCCGCCAAAAGAAGAAGAAGAAGGAGAAGGAAGUCAAGCCGCCCAAGGCAAAGGCUGCUGUCCCUACUACAGCUGAGACGACGCCUACCGCAAGCAGACCCGCGUCACCAGGCAACAAGCCGGCCGUUGAAGCUUCAACGAAUGUGGAAAUCCCUGCAAGCGUCUCUUUGAAAGAAGCAAAACCUGCAACGCCAACAAACUCCGCGACAGCUACUCCGCAGCCGGCCGCGCAGUCGCCUGCAGGACCUUCUCCACCACCGACUCCGACUCUCACGGCCGCGCAACUCAUUGCGGAGCUCAAGGCGUCGGCACCAGAGAUUCAGAAGUGCAUCGACAGUCUGUUCCGGGUGUCCAACAGCCAUCAAUUCAAGACUCCAUCCAACGUGUCGCACAAGGAUCUGCUGAAUGGCUGGAAGUCGGACUGGAACAUCAAGCUCACCAAGGAGGAAGUCGAUACCCUGCUCACGGGCAAAGCGCCUGCCGUGUACCGUGGUGGAGGCGAAGGCGGACCAACUUUCGAUCGCCACAUGGUUUCGCCCUCUGGCGCACACCUGCGUGCUCUGACCAACGAACUGGAAUCUCGUUUCCUGGAACUGGAGAAGGCAUUGCGCGACAUGCCGGAGGAGCUCCGCUUCCGUCCGUCGAAGCCUCAGAAUGAGAUGAAACUGCCUUCGUUGGACUUGGAAGAAGUCAAGCGUAAGUUUGAGAAUUCCGGUGGUAGGGGUGUCAGCGUCAUGGAGCAGAUGGUGCAGGAUGGCAGCACGAUGAAGAAGGGGGCGUUUUUGGUGGACGAAGCAAGUAAGUACAUCAAUGAGUUCGUGAUGCCGCCGGUGACGCCGCCGCCUUCGGCGGGCAGAGGACAGCAGCAGGCGGUGGUGCAGGGCACAGCAGCAGCAUCUUCUUCUACUCCGGGACAGCAAGCUGCUGUUUCGGCUGCUGGGGAGGCCGGUGGGAACACAGCAAUCCCGAGCGUGGAAAUUGCGGAGAGACAGCUGAAUGAGGCGAAGCGGGUUGCGGACGAGAAGGAGAAUGCUCUGCGGAAGAUGAUCAAGAAGAACAAGAGGAUGCUUGGCCUCUCCUAG